AUGCGAAUAAGUUUUUGGAUUUCUACCAUCGUAUUUUACUAUGUAGUUAAUAUUGUAUCAUUGAAUUGUAUACAAGUGGGUACUGUUCUUUUUACAACGACGGAUAUCGUUAAAAAGUGUUGGAGUGAAAGUGACAAAGCUUUACUUAGAGCCAGAUACAUAAUGCAAGAUGUACUUCCCGAUCCGGAUUGCAUUGAUUUCAGUAAACCAGAUGCUGUUGUCACUCUCUUAGAUUAUUUUAAAUCUUGUUAUGAAGUCAUCAGUGUUUCUACUUAUGGAAAAAUACAAAAUUUGAUGCUUUUAGCUUUGUCAGAUGCUCUCGGAGGAUAUUUAAGAAGCUACGCAUUGCCUCUAACAAAAAAAGCCUAUUACACAGGGCAAGUCAAGUAUUCAGACGCAAAAAAAUUAUUUCGACUUUAUGACGACAUAAGAUAUUUUUUAAAAACUAAUGGGUUCGGUUGGGCAAAACCUCAAAAAUUUAUUAAAAAUAAAUUUAAUGCGAAACCGUUAGUUUUUGGAGAUACAGAAGACGAAUCAUCAUCUUGUGAUCAGUUAUAUACCAUUGAAGUACCAAAAGAGGUGAGCAAUAAGAUGGUUAUUCCACUUCCUGUUUUGGAAAAUUGCAGAACUCUUCAUACCAUCGCAAUACCAUUUAAAACUAGACCCCUAAGAAAUAUUCAAGAUCGAGAAUCUGCAUUUAUUUUAGAACGUUAUUAUAUUGCAGUAAUAAAAUGUCUAAUGAGUAAAGAAUCUGCUUCGAAAGAUAUAAAAAGUUUUAAUUCGGCUUUUUAUUCUUGGAUGAACGAUCACGUUUUUUCUCAUUUGUAUGAUGAGCAAUGGUAUCCUGCUUUCGGUGGGAUUUACCGAAUCCUUGCCACGAUAAAAAAAUUAGGAAGUGAACCUCCGAUAAAAGAAGUUGCUUCUCACGAUAUAAGAUAUAUUUUUUGGAAAGGACUAGAAUUUGAAAAUGAUGACAAGAAAAGUAAAUCCUCAGGAAAAGAUAAAAUUCGUGACGUUGGAGAAAAUGAAGAAGAAUUUUAUGAUAAUAAACCAAAUUAUUUUUUCGCAGGAGUUUUUAUAUUAAUAGCCAUUUGCGGUGAUAAAAAGAAAUUGAUAAAAGGUGGCGGACAGGGAGAUUAUCCUUCAGUUAUUAGUUUCAACGUUAAUCCUCUACCAAAAACAAAAACGAGUUCAGUUUUAGAACCCGUAUGGAAAUUACAUAAUAAUUCAUUUAACAAAACUAAAAAAAUCACUACUACUAAUACUAAACAGACCCCGGAAAAAAUAGAUUCGAAAAAAUCAAAAUUUUUUUUCGGAUUAUCGAGUAGUAAAGAAGGGAAAAAUGAAUUGAAAACUCUUUGGAUGAAACCAUCGAAUAAAGAAGGUAAAGGGAAAAAAAAUAAAAAUGAAAAUCAACGUGAAAAAUUACAGGAUCGUAGAACUGGAGAAGGAAACGUUAAACGACUGGAAUCUGAUUUAAAAAAAGGUUAA